AUGGGUGCGAUUGAUUUCUACCACUCUGCUGCUUUGUGCUGGUUAAGGUCCAACACCACCAAUCUGAGGCAGCAAGUGGGUUGGCCACCAAAACCCAUUUGUUCAUUUGAGGGGAAUCAGAGGAAGUUUGUGGCAAUGGCUUCUACCAUUCCUGUGGAGCAAGUUAACAAUGGUCCUCUGCAGGUGACAGGUGACUCCUUCAUCAGAGAGCAUCUGAGGAAGUUGUCUCCUUAUCAACCCAUUUUGCCCUUUGAGGUUUUAUCGGCUCGUCUUGGACGGAAGCCUGAGGAUAUUGUCAAGUUAGAUGCUAAUGAAAAUCCUUAUGGUCCCCCUCCAGAGGUCAUGGAAGCCCUAGGAUCCAUAAAGUUCCCAUAUGUCUAUCCUGAUCCAGAGAGUCGCAGAUUGCGUGCAGCCCUUGCCCAAGAUUCUGGACUUGAAGCUGAAUAUAUUCUUGCGGGAUGUGGUGCUGAUGAGCUUAUUGAUUUGAUAAUGCGUUGUGUGCUUGAUCCUGGUGACAAGAUUGUGGACUGUCCUCCGACCUUCACAAUGUAUGAAUUUGACGCUGCAGUUAAUGGAGCAUUUGUUAUCAAAGUUCCAAGGAACCCAGACUUCAGUUUGAACGUUGAACAGAUAGCAGAAGUUGUUAAACAAGAGAAGCCCAAAUGCAUAUUUUUGACAUCUCCAAAUAAUCCAGAUGGGAGUAUAAUUGAUGAUGAAGUUCUCUUAAAAAUACUUGACCUUCCCAUAUUGGUGAUACUGGAUGAAGCAUACAUUGAGUUUUCAGCAAUUGAAUCAAGGAUGAGUUGGGUGACGAAACAUGAGAAUUUGAUUGUUCUUCGGACAUUUAGCAAAAGAGCUGGUCAAAUGGAGAGAGAACAAAAGGUACCAAACCUGGCAAAAACUUGUGAAAUGGGUCACAAGCCCGAAACUGACAAACCAUGUGCAGAUUUGGGACAGGAAGGCUGCACAAAUCUGGCAAGGGGCCUGAUAGAGUUUUGCUGGUCUUUAGGAUGGCAGGCUAGAUCUGACAGGAACUGGAUUGAAACUCAGCUGGAAAUUAUCCAAAACUUGUCAGUUAAAGAUCCUGAAAUCAAAGAAGAUUGGAUAGAAGCUCUUUAUGACGCUUGUUUAGCUGGACUUCGAGUAGGAUAUGGAGCUUUUCCUUUGAGUAUAAUUGAGUAUCUUUGGAGAGCAAAGCAGCCAUAUAAUGUCUCUGUUGCUGCUGAAAUUUCUGCAUGUGCAGCAUUGCAAAAUCCUACCUAUCUAGAGAAUGUAAAAAAUGCUUUGCUGAAAGAAAGAGGGAGGCUUUAUGACCUUCUGAAGGAAGUUCCAUUCCUUCGGCCAUUUCCAAGCCAUUCUAAUUUUAUUCUAAGCGAGGUUACAUCUGGAAAGGAUGCAAAGAAGCUAAAGGAGGACCUUGCACAAAUGGGUGUGAUGAUUCGUCACUACGACAAGACAGAGCUGAAAGGGUACGUUCGUGUAACUGUUGGUAAGCCUGAACAAACAGAUGCACUUAUGAAGUGUCUCAAGAAACUGUCGUAG